CCAAUGGCGGCGGCCGAAGGGCGGAGGGGGCUGGCAGGAGGGGAGGGAGCGCUGGCUUUAGAACCGCAGCUGCAAAGAUUCCAAGGGGCAGAAGUUGCGUGAGUGCGCUGGUCGGAGGUUGUCGGGCCAGACCGGGGGAUUCUGUGACUCUACAUCUUUAAAUGGAUGAGAUGGCUGCCACUCAGAUUUCCAAAGAUGAGCUUGAUGAACUCAAAGAGGCCUUUGCAAAAGUUGAUCUCAACAGCAAUGGAUUCAUUUGUGACUAUGAACUUCAUGAACUUUUCAAGGAAGCUAAUAUGCCAUUGCCUGGAUAUAAAGUGAGAGAAAUUAUUCAGAAACUCAUGCUGGAUGGUGACAGAAACAAAGAUGGGAAGAUAAGUUUUGAUGAAUUUGUUUAUAUUUUUCAAGAGGUAAAGAGCAGUGAUAUCGCUAAAACUUUCCGCAAAGCAAUCAACAGGAAAGAAGGGAUUUGUGCUCUAGGAGGAACUUCAGAGCUGUCUAGUGAAGGAACACAGCAUUCAUACUCAGAAGAAGAAAAAUAUGCCUUUGUUAACUGGAUAAACAAAGCUUUGGAAAAUGAUCCUGAUUGCAGACACGUUAUUCCUAUGAACCCAAAUACUGAUGAUCUGUUCAAAGCUGUUGGUGAUGGAAUCGUGCUUUGUAAAAUGAUCAAUCUUUCAGUUCCUGAUACCAUUGAUGAAAGAGCAAUCAACAAAAAGAAACUUACACCUUUCAUCAUUCAGGAAAACUUGAACUUGGCACUGAAUUCUGCUUCUGCCAUUGGAUGUCAUGUUGUGAAUAUUGGUGCAGAGGAUUUGCGGGCUGGGAAACCUCACCUGGUUUUGGGACUGCUUUGGCAGAUCAUUAAGAUUGGUUUGUUCGCCGACAUUGAAUUAAGCAGGAAUGAAGCCUUGGCUGCUUUACUUCGAGAUGGUGAGACGUUGGAAGAGCUUAUGAAACUGUCUCCAGAAGAGCUUCUGCUUAGAUGGGCAAACUUUCAUUUGGAAAACUCAGGCUGGCAAAAAAUCAACAACUUUAGUGCUGACAUCAAGCUUGUUGACUUCAGUAAUUCGGUGAAGGAUUCCAAAGCCUAUUUCCAUCUUCUCAAUCAAAUUGCACCAAAAGGACAAAAGGAAGGUGAACCACGGAUAGAUAUUAACAUGUCAGGAUUCAAUGAAACAGAUGAUUUGAAGAGAGCUGAAAGUAUGCUCCAACAGGCAGAUAAAUUAGGUUGCAGACAGUUCGUUACCCCUGCUGAUGUUGUCAGUGGAAAUCCCAAACUGAAUUUAGCCUUUGUGGCUAACUUGUUUAAUAAAUACCCAGCACUAACUAAGCCAGAGAACCAGGAUAUUGACUGGACUCUAUUAGAAGGAGAAACUCGGGAAGAAAGAACUUUCCGUAACUGGAUGAACUCUCUUGGUGUUAAUCCCCACGUAAACCAUCUCUAUGCUGACCUGCAAGAUGCCCUGGUAAUCUUACAGUUAUAUGAAAGAAUUAAAGUUCCUGUGGACUGGAGUAAGGUUAAUAAACCUCCAUACCCAAAACUUGGAGCCAACAUGAAAAAGCUAGAAAACUGCAACUACGCUGUUGAAUUAGGAAAGCAUCCUGCUAAAUUCUCUUUGGUUGGCAUUGGAGGACAAGACCUGAAUGACGGGAACCAAACCUUGACCUUAGCUUUAAUCUGGCAGCUGAUGAGAAGAUAUACUCUCAAUGUCCUGGAGGAUCUGGGAGAGGGUCAGAAAGCUAAUGAUGAUAUUAUUGUAAGUUGGGUGAACAGGACAUUGUAUGAAGCUGGAAAAUCAACUUCCAUCCAGAAUUUUAAGGACAAGACGAUCAGCUCCAGUUUGGCAGUUGUGGAUUUAAUUGAUGCCAUCCAACCAGGCUGCAUAAACUAUGAUCUUGUUAAGAGUGGCAAUCUAACAGAAGAUGACAAGCACAGCAAUGCCAAGUAUGCUGUGUCAAUGGCUAGAAGAAUUGGAGCUAGAGUGUAUGCUCUCCCUGAAGACCUUGUGGAAGUAAAACCCAAGAUGGUCAUGACUGUAUUUGCAUGUUUGAUGGGAAGGGGGAUGAAGCGAGUGUAAAAUAACCAACCUGAAUAAAACCAACCGUGUUCCCAGGUGCAUGAUUAGCAAGUCAGCUAUUUCCAGGUGAAGUCCUCAUGGCUUAAGGAAUUCUUGAUCAUUUAAAGGACUGGUUUUGAUUAACAAGACUAGCUUAUCAUGAGAGCCCUCAAGGGAAAGAGUUUUAAUGAAAACAGCUUUUCUUUCCCUUAGUCAGAGGUGUAUUUGUCAGGCACACCUAAAAUGUGCUUGUAGCCAAACUAUUUACUCUCUCCUCCUAGAAGGCUGCCCUUGAUAUUUCUCAUUGCUGUGUGUUAUUUCUCUCUACAUGUCUUUUUCCCUCUAAGAACAUCCAUCUACUGAGACUUGCUUAGAUUAUUGGAAAUUAAUAUUAUUAGACAGUCAUUUUCCUUUCCAUCCAGGAUGCUAGUUCUUACUCGGGAACUGUGGUCAGAAGGUAUUUGGAUAUGAGUAUCCUUUGCUUACUUUGUAGUACUGAAAAUUUGCCAAAGUAACUGGCUAUGCAGAAUGUAAGAGCUUUUCUUAUUCUUUUAUUCUUAAAAUCAGUAUCUUUUUACAGUAUUCUUUCUACAUGAUCCUUUUUUGUACAUUUAAGAAUAUUUUGAUUACAUUCAAUAAGACUGCUGAUUUUGCUACUUUUUUAAAGGGAUCUUUAAGUAAGUCAAAAGCAUACAUUAUAGAUAGAAGCACCAUGUACCCUAAAUUUGCACCUUCCCUCUCACACCCAGGAUGUAAACAAAUGCAUAUUUUGUCUUAAGUCACUUGGUUCUAUACAUGCUUAUUUGUUUUACAACCUGCAUCAUCGAACUCUCUCUUUAAACUUAAAAUAAUGUUGGACAGGACAAUUGGGGAGAGAGUGAAGUCAGAGUGUAGAUGGGACACGAUAGGCCAAGUAUGCUAAGUGUACAAUAUAUUUUUUAAUUUUACACCUACAACGAGAUGUGGUCACUAAAAAGUAAAAGUCUACGUGUAGGACUUAACAUAUUCUUGCUUUGUCAAGCUGUUUGCUAUAGUUCUCAAGAUCAUUAUGUUAUUCUAACUCUGAAAAGUGAUGUAAUCUGGUAGCAAUGUAGUGGUUCAAAUAAAGGCAUUUACAUAAUAA